AAUAUCCGUUUUGUGUUGACAAUGUGAAAUAUGUGUUGACAGUGAAUGGAAAGUAGGGAACAGGAACAAAAUUAGACAAAAGUAAACCUUUGAUUUGAAGACAGCUGAAUACUGAUACAAAUACAGAUCCAUGGGAAGGAUGGGACAUGGCGUUUUCGUCCCAAACAGCUGAGCUAACGAACUAUACGUCAAGAUGCUUUUGGAAACGCGUGUUUUGACAUCCAGGUUGCAACUGCACAACGGAAGCAGUGGUGUGAAGCAGAUCACAGCUUGUAGAUAAUCUGCAAGCUCUUGAUGACAACAGUUAUCUCCCCUUGUUCCAACAUGGCUUCCAGCCCUGGUGAUUUGACUGCACUUCCGGAGAGAAGGAUACACUGCUCUACUGGAAAGAUCCUCAUUGGGAACAGGGAAUUCAUGUCAGCCUCAGAAGCUCUUCUUGCUUAUUUACAACAGUUUGAUGGCAAGUUACGGACAAAGCAGCAGCAGGAUGCCUAUGAACUUCUACUGGUGCGAUCCAAGAUGGCUUCCCAUAGAUCAAGAGCAAUAGACAAUGACCUCAAGGACUCCUUGCAAGACCUGCGACAUAGGAAAUUGAAGAAACUGCUAGAAAAGAAAAAGAAUGAGCAGACUGGAUUAAGGCGAGAAGUUGAGGAUGCCCUGUCUAGAUCUGCCAACCUGCUGGACAGGAUCAAUGAUGAUGACUCUGCUGUGACACAUUGUGUGAGUGAUAUCGGCAGUAUGACAACAGACACACUGCUCAGCAUCAACCCCACCGAGUCCAACAGGAAUAUCGUCGUUGAUGAAGAUGGAAAACGGAAACAUGUCUACUCCUAUCACACCCCGCGCAGUCGAACACGGACAGUUGGUAGUAUACCUGUCAAGCCCAACAAACAUGCCUUGUCAUCCCGCCGGUCAUCAGUGGAUAGUGCCAUUCCUACCUCCGUCCUCAAACACAUGAAUAAACGAUCAUCCAGUUCAAAUUCUGGGUUAGCGUCUCGACAUUCAGAUCCUUCAGAAAUUCUCAAACGUAUGAGGAGCCGUUCGGUUUCUCCAUCACCUGUGCAUUUAAGACAUGGCAAUCCUCGAUCUAGUCAGCUUGCUCCAGAUUGGGUGCGUGAUCUUGACGCCUCCUCAGGGAAGUCGAUACCGAGCUGGGUGAAUACUCUGGAUGCUUCUCUUGAAGACUUGAGAAGACAGCUAGCUGGUGGUCGACCAGCUCCUAGUUGGGUUCAGGAUGCAGAGAAAUCAGAUAUCACUGUUGAUUCACUGCUUCUGAAUGGCAGAAGAGAUAUUUCCUUUAACAAAUCAGGUCAUGAAAAAUCAAAUUUAACUGACUCACGACCAGGUCUGAAUUUCUCAGAUCUCGCAACUAGUGGAAUUUCAAAGUAUUCUGACAAGCAUAGCUUUUUACCUAGUGGUUUGAAAGACCUAGCUCCAAGAGCUAGAUCUUUAGAUGAUAGUGAUAACUUGCUGCAGAAUUCUAAUCCUGGAUUUAAAGUUUACUCCGCUGCCACCAGUUCCAAGGACAAGACUUUGGGAAAGGAGAUCCUUGCUGAGAGUGACCAGCUGAAGACCUCACUGGACAGGUACUUGGAGAGGCUGGAGGCUGAAACACGGAGUUCCCCUCAAAGGGCAGCAGCCAAGUCCAAGAUGGCUGCUGUCCCAAGAUGCUCUAGCAUGGAGAGUGGGUCCCAUGUAACGGAUGGGAAGCAUCAACCGCAUUCUGAUAUUACUGGUGCUAGUUCUAUACUCAAAGACAGUAACUUGAACAUGUCUGUACUAAGUGAGGAGCCAACGUUCAGCCCUGCACGUGUGAGGUUCAGCCCCACAAAGUCGUACACUGGUGCAGAGCUGCAUCAAAGCCCCAGCACUGAUGUUGUGUUGGAUGGAGACCGGUCCUGGGAACACCCGGUUGGAGCAUAUAAAUCCCCUGUAUAUGUUGAUGACAGAAAACACAUUGGCAGUGCAUUGCGCAGUGGGAAGAAGAUCCCGUCCCCUACUCUGACUGGCAGUGAGCAGCCGGGCAGUAUAGAGGCUCUCAAGAAUAUGCUGUUCAAACUCCAAGCCGAAGAGUCCACUUCUGCAACAGGGACAAUGUCCAGCAAGUCGAUGACCAACCCCCUGGACCUGCCAGCUCUGCAGGACUACAACUUCCAGGUAGAGCCCGGGGGACAGUCACUGGAGAAGGCUCUGGUUCACCUGUCUCGCCUGAAGACCUUGGUGCAGACCUCUCAAACACCUUCUGACUCUGCCAGCACAGUGACGGUAGCAACAUCCUUGAUGACAGGAUCUGAGCUCACCUCCUGAACCACACACAACCUCACUUUGUCCCCUCCUACUCAACCAGCACAGUGACGGUAGCAACAUCCUUGAUGGCAGCAUCAGGGCUUUCUUCCUGAACUACACACAACCUCACCACCCGAUCUGAUAACAAGUCCCCUCCUACUCAACCAGCACAGUGACGGUAGCAACAUCCUUGAUGACAGCAUCAGGGCUUUCUUCCUGAACCACACACAACCUCACCACCCAAUCGGAUUAACAAGCCCCAACUCAGCCACCACAAUGACGGUAGCAGCGGCCUUGAUGACAGGAUCGGGGCUCACCUCCUGAGCUACAACCAACCUCACCGCCCGAUCUGAUUAACAUUGUGUCAGGGCCUCUACCUCUCCUGGGGAAUGGUCUUUGUGGGCUUUCCCCAUUCAUUGCUGGUUGUCUUGCAGUAUCAGAAUGUUAGUUCUAUAUUAUUUCAAGUUUUGGGAACUGGAAGGAUUCAAGGCUACCGUGUUAGUCAAGAGAUAUAAUUUUUUACUUUUAUGUUCAGUUUUGUAUGAAUCAGGUUUAAAUAAUAAUGUAAAGGCGGAGAUGUUCGCCUUAACAGGGACAAAUAUACUGAGGGAAACAAAUAAGGGAACACCAUUUCAUUGCAGUGUCCCUUUAUUUAUUCCCAGAUUUUUACUCACAGUGACAUCCAUAGCUCACCAUCCAUAGCUUGGGAACAAAACCUGGAAAACAACAAUGGAGCAUUUGUAUUUUCACGUGUCCCCUUAUUUGUUUCCCUCAGUAUAUUAUGAAAGACCAUUUCUUUUUCUUUGAGGCUAUUCCACAAAACAUAUUCAGCCUACUUACUUGUUGGAGGUGCUGGGGACAAAGGUUUUUAAUGUCAAUCUUUGCCAUUAGAAGCAACUGGAUGAGGGAUUUGUCAGUGACUGUCAAGUGGGAAUAUGACUUUAGAUCAAAGACUGUGGGCUGUAAGCUGGGUGGUUGUGGAUCAUUGUGUGACAAAUUGUUGUUGAUGUGACUGACCACUGUUUUGUCGGGUCCAGAUGCUAGGACUUACGGGCCCAAUCACACAAGUGUUAAAUGCAUGACUUGUAGCCAACAUAUAUAUUGUGUCAUUGUGUAAAUCUGUUCUAUGUAUUAUGACAAUUUGAGCCAAAACAAAUUUUCACUUUUCUUCUAUCACCUUGUUUGUAUACUACUUUCUUGAGAAUAUAAUCAAAAGCUGCUUUAAGCAUUUGUCAGAACACAACUAAUGACUUUAUUAACUUUGUCAUGAACUUUAAGUUAUCAUGAAUUCUCUUAUGUUGACCAUAUGCCAAAAUGACAAAAUCUUUGUUAGUACCUGUGAUAUCAGUACAAGUUAGACCUGUUUAGUACAUGCAUUGGUUUAGUAGCAAUGUUUUCCUUCCCCCAUCUUGAAUAUUUAACUCAAUGGUCACAAACCAUGUGUUGUAUCAAUUUAACAGAUCAGUUAAGUUGAAUUCUUCAUACAGUGUAUACAAAUAGAAAGUAGCCCAAUGUUAAUCAACAAAUCGAAGUAAAUGAAAUGGUCAGUCUCAUGAUUUCACAUUUUCUUUGACCAGGUUUGCCAUAUCCUGUUUGUUUACUUGAAACCAUAUGAUGUUGUUUUUGACUGGGCACAAUAAAUGAAAUAGCAGUUAUACUCAACAUGCUCAAGUGUGCACUCCACACAAGAAAAUAUGAUAUCAUCCAUGUUAGGAAGAACGCUGGUGUCUGAUACACGGGUCGUUGUCCACGGAUCCCAGGCCAGCAUUAUCACAAGGGACGACUGUAAUUGAACACAUAGGUAUGUUUAUCAUUAAGUAAGUUACUCACUGGAAGUUGACCACGUUGCUCUAGAGUGAGAUUGAUAGUGAAGGAUAGUGAUAGUGCCUUGUACAAAUGAUCAUCAAGUCUGUUUUACAAUAAGUUUUUCAGUUGUGCAUAGUACUGGAAAUAAGUUGAAUUUCCGGUUUUCUUUUUCACUGUAACUUGGCAACAUGGUAGGAGAACAGCUGAUAAUGUCCAUAUGUCCCUGUUGUAUAUUGUGUGUAAAUUGUUACCUGUCAUGCCAAACUAUAGGCCUGGUCUUCUGAACAGGAGGACUUGUUAGUGCAUGCAUACAAGUGUUGAUGUAUCUAUGUACUUGGUCUGCAUGUACUGUCAAUCCUGAAAUUAAUGCGGAAAGUCACGAUAUGGCAGAAAUAUUGCCGAUAUGACUUUAAAUUUUAACUUAAUGCGGAAAAUGUGAGUUUCCCUUGCUUGCUUAAUGAAGUGACGCAUUUUUGUCUGGACAUAUUUGAGUAUCUUGUCAUGUCAGGUUCAACAAAGCUGACAAUAAACAAUGUAUAAGCACUAGAUUUAGACAGUGCUGAGUUCCCCGUCAAGUGUGGUCAGUUUGUUUACGCAAAGUGAUCAAUGAUGGCCAUUUUGAUUCUUUGUAACCUUGUCAAAUAGCCUUAAACACCGUUCACUGAUGGAGUGAAAAUUUCCAGCAAAGCAACAGCACUGGCAGUGAAUACACAAGCCUGCUCGUUAAGGUUCAAAGGAUUGUGCUAGCUCCUGUAUUCUACACUUGGAACGUGUACAAUCUUCAUCUAUGACACGACCAAUCACUUUUAAUUAUGACUUACUAGGAAUUUCCUGCUUUUGAUUUCAUGCAUAUGGAAGUUAGAUCAGAUGUCGGCGGUUGAAGUUUGUGAAGAUAGCAAAUGAUAUUAUUUAGUCGAAUUGCUAUCACCCCAUAUUAUAUCAUGGAAUUCUAAGUCUACAGUCUUGGUGUUAUCGUUUGCUGAUUACAAAGAAGACACAAUUUAUGGAUAACAACUUCUUUAAUUACUGUAAAGGCGAAGUUUCGGUGUAGAUCCUUAUACCGUUGUCAAGCAACGUUUCUGUAUAGAUCCUUAUACUGGAUCUAUACCGAAACGCCGCCUUUGCAGUAAUUGAAUAAGUUGUUAUCCAUAGAUUGUGUCUACUUUGUCAUCCGUCAACUUCUGAGUAAUGCCUAUCUAACAAUUUGUUUGCUGGUUAGUUUUUAAAGUUCAAAGGUAUGGCUACUUACAUUAAUUUUGUGGCACAUUUUGUCCAGGGCGACACUCAUGUUAAUUAGGUGAUGCAUUUAUUUCAGGAUUUACAGUAUUCAGUGAAAAGAUGUAUACUGAAGUAAUUGAUGUUUUAUUUUUUGUUCAUGUUGCUAUAUGGUCUUGAUAGUUGUUUUAUCAUCAAAAUAGGGAUGACAUACAUGUUGGAAGUACAGUCAUAUUGAUUUGAUAGCUAUCAACAUGUAACAUCCAUUGUUCAUAUCUUGACUAAUCAGUCAUUUAAACAACAGAAAUCUGUUGCAAAAGAAAUUGUAUGGAGAUUUAAGCCUUGGGAUGUGUAUAAAUAUAUGUUUCUUUGAAGUAAUUGUUUCAUGAAUAAAUACAAAUACUAUA